UUCUUCUCAUUUCAUAUUAACAGCAAAAGUAAAACUUUAUCUCCAACUUAUUUGACUUCAUUAUUUGGCUUUCAAUUAACUCUAUGAGAACCAUACAGAAAUUAGGCUGUGACUUAUAAGACAGAGAUUUAAGUAAUUUGAUCCAACAUUACAUCAUGUGAUACUCAGAUUUUCUUUCAAAGGCAGGACUCCAACACCGCAGGUGGAAAAAAGAACAAAAGGAACAAGACAGAAAGCAGGAAAGGGAAGAUGAAAGAUCGACUUCAAGAACUAAAGCAAAGAACAAAGGAAAUUGAACUCUGUAGAGACAGUCAUAUGUUGACUACGGAAACAGAGGAAAAGGGGGUGUUUUUGCAGCAAGCUGUUAUAUAUGAGCGAGAGCCUGUAGCUGAGAGACACCUGCAUGAGAUCCAAAAACUACAGGAGAAUAUUAACAAUCUGGCAGAUGAUGUGCAAAGAUUUGGACAGCAACAGAAAAGUCUGAUGGCUUCAAUGAGAAGGUUUAGUCUCCUUAAGAGAGAGUCUAGCAUUACAAAGGAGAUAAAAAUCCAAGCAGAACACAUUAACAGAGGUUUGGGUGAUUUAGUUAAAGAAGUUAAAAAGUCAGAGGCUGAAAAUGGUCCAUCAUCAGUCAUCACAAGGAUACUUAAAUCUCAGUAUGCUGCAAUGUUCCUCCAUUUUCAACAAACCAUGUUUACAUACAAUGACACAAUAGCAGCAAAGCAAGAGAAGUGCAAGGCAUUUAUUUUCCGUCAGCUUGAAGUUGCUGGUAAAGAGGUACCUGAAGAAGAAGUAAAUGAUAUGCUUCAGCAAGGAAAAUGGGAAGUUUUUAAUGAAAGCUUACUUACAGAAAUCAAUAUCACUAAAGCACAACUCUCAGAGAUUGAACAGAGACACAAGGAACUUGUUAAUUUGGAAAACCAAGUAAAGGAUUUAAGGGAUCUUUUCAUUCAGAUAUCUCUUUUGGUAGAGGAACAAGGAGAGAGUAUCAAUAAUAUUGAAAUGAUAGUGAAUAGUACAAAAGAGUAUGUUAACAAUACUAAAGAGAAAUUUGGACUAGCUGUAAAAUACAAAAGAAGAAAUCCAUGCAGGAUACUAUGCUGUUGGUGCUGUCCAUGCCGUGGUUCAAGAUAAAUAAAACUAUUUUUAAAACUUUUCCAUAUUUAGGGUGAAUGAUGUAUUUCAGUAUCUUGUAUUGUUUUUCAUCUUUUCAUGGAUCCAUUCACACACUCUUUAUCACUGUUAAGUCAUAAUUUUCCCCUUUAACUCUUACCCACAGAAUUAUAGAAACUUCUAAAGUCAGUGACGUAAGUCUUUAUUAAUUAAUCUGAAAACAGUAUGGUUACCUUCAACACACAGGUUAACGAUAAAAACUGGAUGAACAAAUUAAAGUUUCUGAUCAAUUAUUAAAUUCUAUUAUGCAUUUUUCCCAAUUUCCAACGCUUUAACAAGAUGAAUGUUCAAUUAAGUGAUGACUAUGUAAGCAAUACAUUUGGCUAUUUGAGAGUAUUUUGAUAAUUAAGAAUUGUAUGAAACAUGACAUCGGAGGAUGCUACAAUAAAUAAAGUAGACUUCAUAUCAAAUUUGAUGGUAGAAAAAAAUGAGAGAAUUCUUGUGUGACAUCUAUUUCCUUAAAGAACUAUCAGGCAAAAUUAUCCAAUGAAAGCUCAGUAGGUUUAAGGAAGAAGAGAAAGAAAGGAUAAGGAGUAAAAUAGUCAUUUUGGAGAGGAGGAUUAACAAUCAUUUUAUAAAAGGUAGUAGAAUAAACAAGCAGUAGUUAGAGCUCAACUAAAUGUGUGGUCACAACUUUGAUGUGCAGUCAUAUUUUUAACCUACUGAUGUUUAGCUGCUUGGGUGCCAGAUAAGAAUGUGAAGAUAAUGGGUCUAUUUAAGGCGGCAGCUUUUCCAGAUGUGUAUAAUGGAGGAAAAGUGUGUUAGGAGAGCUUAAGGUACUUUAAAAGACAGAAUUUAUACAUGUAUCAUGAAUACCAUAAAAUAAUUUUUAAAUUUAUAAAGAAAUUGAAGCACUUUCUACUAUGUCAAAUAUCAAGCAUCAUUAUAGAAAAAGACAUUUCAUAUCUCAG